AUGAGUGGAAGAAGAUAAAGUGAUCAUCAUAGCCACAGUAGUUCACACCAUAACAAUCGCGAAAAUAGCAGCCACGAUAGCUCAAGAGAUCGUAAAUUUAAAAAUACAGAAGAUCAAUGCAGUUUACAAAUAGAAAAUAUCGCUGAUCCCGAAACAUACAAAGACUUUGAAAGAUAAGUAAAAUAGUAUGGCAUGACUACAAAGUUUUGGAUUAACAAACGUAGUAGGACCUGUGUUGUUACUUAUUGUCAAUAAGAAGAUGCCAUCUAGGCUUUUUCAAAGCUAUCUAAAAUUUACUGGCCUGAUUAAGGAGGAGAAAAAUUGAAAGUAAAACUCUUAUAAAAUAUAGAGGUUUCAGAAAUUAUAACUAAGAUUUAAGUCUCUUAGAAUAUAACAAGACCAGAACAAGAGGCUUUUAAGGAUAAGAGUAGUAGAAGAGAGGACUAUGAUAGGAAAGAUAAAAAAAAAUAUAGUAGUGAUAGGGAUUCUAGAGAGCGUAGUAGAGAUAAUAAAGAUCGCGAAAGAGAUUAAAGAGAUAAAAGAGAUAGAGAAAGAGACAGAAGCGAGAAAGAUAGAGAAAGAGAUGAAAGAUACGAUGAUAAGUAUAGAAAAAGAAGCCCUAACAAAUAUUAAGAUGAUCGUUAUGAAUAAAAAGACAGAUUUUAAUAUCAAAGAAUCAGUUCUAAUUUCUUAAAAACAAAUUACUAGCCUUCAGUAUAUUAUACAGUCUAAUCUAAAGAAACAGUUUAAAAGAGAUAAGAUAUGAUUGGAAAAUUAUAUGAAUCUAAUAAAAAAUGA